AUAAUUCAUGAACCAAGCCUUCUUCGUAGUAGGGUUACUGAACUCACUACCGGGGGCGUGGUGUCGGCUUUUAGCAGCAGACACAAUGAAACGAGGGGCAAUGUAGGACACCACGUUGGAGUUUGAAACGCAGAAACGCCGAUAGAUAGCAGAGGCUGCUGCUGAUGAGAAAAAAGCAACGAGUUGAAAGUCUCUGGAGAAGAAACGGACGCAUUCAGGAAACGGCUCUCCGUCGUAACUUUUGCUUUGUCGUUGAACGCAGUCGCACAUAAAAUGUCGUUCGCCUACUCGGAUUAUCUGGCCGCCGAGUGCCUGGUGUCGAUAUCCAGCGGCCCCGUCCUCCAUCGACCCACCCCGGUGUCUGCUGCGGCUCAGGGCCCUCCUCAGGGCCUUCCUGCCGGGGAGCCUGACGGGUCGAGCGAGGACAGGGAGGUGCGGGAGACGCUCCAGUUAGAGGGGGCCAACAUGAUGACGGUGGCGGAGAUCCUCACCGACCUGCACGGCAAGUUUCGUCCCAUGUCGGCCUACUCCGAGAGCAGCAACUCGUCGUGCGGAGAGAGCGGCUACACCACGUUGUCUGACUCCACCACCCCAACGCCGACCAUGACCCCCUCUGCCACCCCUGUCCCGGGACAGUACAAUAACACCCCUCAGCAGAUCUGGGGAGGAGGGGGCGCCCCCCGGUCCCCCACCAAGCGUCACCCCUGUACCUUCGACGGGUGUGACCGGGUGUACGGCAAAUCAUCCCACCUCAAGGCGCACAUCAGGACCCACACAGGUGAGAGGCCCUUUCCAUGCACCUGGCCCGAAUGCGAAAAGAAGUUUGCCCGUUCUGAUGAGUUGGCCCGACACCUGCGUACCCACACCGGCGAGAAACGCUUUCUGUGCCCACUCUGCGACAAGCGCUUCAUGCGCAGCGACCACCUCAUCAAGCACGCCCGCCGGCACCCCAACUUCCACCCCUCCAUGAUCAACCGCAAAGGUUCGGCUCAGGGAUCCGCUUUGACCCAGUCCACCACUGCCUCCACCACCUCCUCAGAGUACGCCAGCACUGCCAUGUAGACGCCCCCUCACCAGGACCCCUGCCUUCUGCACUGUGACCACUGUCUCUGUCAGACACUGCAGCUUGACUCGAUCGCCGUGCAUGCUGGGAUCCUUUUAAGCUCAGUCCUCACUUCCACAGGCCAAAAAUGCAGAACUUCACCAUGUCUUCCUCCAAACCCCUUCGCCCAACCAGUCAUGACCAAAAUGGGCGAAGGAGACACAAACGCUCAAGCACAUUCCGAGUCGCGUGAUUAAAUGAUCACAUGACUGACAAGUGAUGCCGAAUGCAACAUUGCUCUUAAAUUGUUUGCUUUGGGUGGAAUAAAUUCGUCUGAAAUACCUUAAAACACUAUUUCGGAUGCAUGCAGAGAAAAUGGCCACCAGCAGUAGCACAAUAUUUUCCAUCUGUCAUUUUGGUGUAUCACUUGUCAGCCAUGUUUUAGAAACUCCUGAAGGAUGCGUCACAGUUAAAAGGAAAGUUUACUUGUUCUUAGUCUUUUUGCAGUAGUUCCUUCUUUGUCAAGUCUUUUUGUAUAGCCAGAAUGGCUAACCCUGUCUGGUUUUGCUUGUCCACACAUGCUGUAUGAAACAAUAACCAGAUUCAUUUGCAGAUUAUCGUAAAAAAGUAUUUGUGUGUUACUCAUGAAUUUGAUUCUUGACACCCUUUGAAACCAAACAACGAUUGAACCGAAAUGGCCAGUGCGUUUCUUUUGGGUAGAAACACUGCCUGUAAUGCCGCAUUUCCACAUAGCUUUCCCUACUGGAACUGUAAUAAGUUAUUGUCAUUUUAAUUUACUUUUAUUUUCUAUUAGUAGUAUCAGCAUGGCAACUGAAAUAGUAGUAUUUUUUUUUAUUAAUUAACAUUAUUAGACCAUGCAUUUAUUAUUAUAAUUAUUAUUUUCCAUUAUUUUGUUUGUCCAUGCAAUGUCACAUGUUGGUACAUGUAGCAAUGUGUUUAAUGUGGAUACGUGUAGAUAAAUAUCUAUGCUUGCAGCUUCAAUGGUAAAGACGUUAUUAUAUGAACUACUAGAAGUAAUACACCUUAUAAUAGGGUUGACAGGACACGCUUGAAUAGAAUAGUGCUGCUUGUGUGCGAAGGUUUGCGCGUUGCGUUUGUGUGUGUGUGUAUUCACGCGGGAGAGCCCGUGAAACGAUCUCUCUCCAAAACUGUCCCUCCUGCGGACCUCUUACAAACUAUCUCAGAGAACAAAAAACACAUCAGGAAACUCAGAAAGCCUUAAAACCUUUUGACUUGUUUUGCACCAUUGUUAACGGUCGGAUAAUUUCUACAGGUAUGCCGUCAGGCAUCAUUCUUCUCGACUAAAGAAAUACACAUGCAAUAUUGCACUUUUUCUCUUACUGGUAUUGUCAACGAUGCUAGUCGUCUGCUAGUGUAAUGGGUUUCACUGUAUAGAUGCUACUGCAUAGUGCUCAACUAAACGAACACUGUGGAAGGGGAUAGAGACCUGGCACAAUAAAUCAAUACAAUCGUCUAAAUGUGCACCUUCGUGUGAGGAAAAUGGACUUGAUUUUUGUGAACUUUUCACUUGCGUUUGUAUUUUGCUUUACAUUUGGAGUGUAACGGAUACAAAAGGUCUGACUGCACAGUUCGUCUGGUCUCAAAACUACAGCUGUUUUACUGGUUUGUCGCACCAUUUUCUAAUCAUGCAAUAUUCAGAGCACUUUAAGUAACUGCUGGCAGUAACCUGAAGUGUGAUGACAACUUAUAAGUUCUCAACCACAAUAACAAACCAAACCGGAAUAGUAUAUAAGACUCUGUUUGUUCUGUAGCUAAUUAUAUGAAUUCUUGUGUGUCUGGCCGGGAUUUUUUGUCAUCUUUGCGUAGUUGUUUUCCUGUAGCGGGUCGUCUGUGGAUCUGUUGACCAUUGACGGCAUCAAUGGUACACUGUGUUAGGCUGCAGUGGGCUUUGUGCGUAUUCUCGACAGACUGAGACCUUUGUGAUCCCGUCUUUUGAUUUUUCCCUCACAAUGCCCUCUUUUAGCAGGCUGGAUUCAACUUUGCAUUUGAUAUCCCUCCCAUUUUACUCGACAUAUUUGCAGCUAGUACUCUGGACAGCCAUCACAAACCACUGGAUCAAGUCUGAUUUUAUUUUAUUUUUUAUUUGUUUGUGUUUUGUGGUCUUUGAUUUCAGUUGUUUAUCUUUUGUAUUUGGUUUGAUGUACUGGAACGUCUUGUUUCUUAUGUGUUGUAUUGGUUUACAUACUUUAGAUGUCUAUAUAUAGUAUGCAAAACAUAGCUCUCUAGAUAGUUUAGGAUAACUUGGCAAUCGCAUAGCGGAGAAAAUGCGUAUUCUAUAGUUCCUUUGGGAAAACGCUGCAUCAUUUGCUGUGUUUGAGGCAUCCGAUCUCUGCGGCACGGCUGCUUUUUAUCAUGAUGCUAGAUUGAGAAAAUGUAGAGUAAUUAAUUUUUAUUUUGAGAACUGCUUUGUUGCUUGGCGUACAAUCUAGAUCUUGUCCAUCACACUAAAAGAUUAUGCACUGAUUGGCGGAUAGUCUAUAGUGAUCACACUAAAGGAUGUCUAAUGAGAUCUCCUGAGGCCUCAGUCUACAGCCAUAUCUCAUAUCAGUCAAC